AAAGUGUUGUAAUAUUGACAGAGCCUCACACAGAUAAAGGUUACCUGCUUCGGUGGUUUCUGAGUAAAAGACCAUGGCAUAUCCUGAGAUGAAUUCAAAUCAAGACGACAGCCCGGGAGGAAAACCAUCUCCCCGUGACACGAGAAGUGAAGGAUCUGUGUCCACGGUCAGACUUGGAUCCAGAGAUGUUCCACUUUAUCCUCUGGUGACCGUGUGUUUAGGAGUACUGAACACGAUUCUGCUGUUAACGGCUGUUGUUAUUGGGAUUUACUGUGGCAAAGUCGAUAAGGAAUCGGCACCAGAGCAAAUGACAACAUUCACACUCCUCACAGAGGCGAAGCAACUUCAGUUCAUUCAGAGUGGAGCUGUCCAAGUUCAAAAGGAGACCGAGGACGAACUAGAGAAAACAUGCAGGAGCAUCGAGCAACUUCAACAGCAGAUAGAACAGAACAAGACCCUCGGUGAUGCCAUUCAGAAGCAGCUUGAGACACUACACGUGGAGCGGGCAACAACAAAAUCUGCAUCCUCUGAUAUCAGGCUAAACUGCGAACGAUGCCCCUCUGGGUGGAUUUGGUUGAACGAAUCAUGCUACUUCCAUUCUAAAUCAGAUUCCAGUCCCUUAAAGAGCUGGGCCAACAGCAGAGAGGACUGUAAACGGCGUGGGGGCGAUCUUGCUGUGAUUGAAGACUGGGCGGAGCAGGUACAGCUCGAUGAGUUCCUACCAAAACUAUUAGGCAAUCGUGACUGGUCGAAGGCGGGUCCGGGAAUUUGGAUUGGCUUUACUCUUCAAGCAGGGGACACUUGGAUGUGGGUGAAUAAUGCAACGCUGCUGGGUGAAGGGUUCUGGAUAGAUGGGGAGCCCAACCAAGAAGGACCACAUAAUAAGAGCUGUGGAGCAAUUAUGAACAUGGUCAACCUUGAGAGGCCGUGGUUUGGCGGACAUUGCCUAGCCAACAAGGAAUGGUUAUGUGAAAUGGGACCAAGCUAGCUGUGGAGAUGAUCACCUCCACAGCAGAAUAAAUUGUUUGUGUGUUUGUUUAUUAACUCAUCAAUAAAUACAUUGAUCAUUAACAACAACAGAGUUCAGAAUUCGUUAUGUGGCCUCAUAGUUGAAAUGAUUACUGGUUGUUUUAGAAAUCACAUUUAUUAGGAUAAAUUCUUUGAUAAUUGAGAUUUUUUUAUUUUACAUACACCUGUAUCUACCACUUAAAUAAGCAUUAAGAAUGGUUUUGGUUUCGCAGGACCACUGAGCACUAAAUAAUGACAUAAGAACAUUACUAAGGGUUUUCUCUGAGUAUUGAGGUCAGUAAUUGAAAAAAAAAACAUAUAUUUUUAAUAUAUAUAUAUAUAGAUAUAUAGAUAUAAAGUUUUUAUUUGAUUGAACUUAAAUUAAAACCUGUGCCAAGGUUUUCACCACUGUUCAUUUGUUUGAUUGGUGGUUGGUUGGUGUCACACCGCGGUGAGAUACUUAGAGUCAUAGUCUUAGUUUUUGCUUAGCCUCGUACUUAUAGAUUUACCUCAGUGAGUGAUUAUUCUUUGUAGCCUUUUUUGUUUCAGUGUUUAGUCUUAGUUAGGUUUAUAGAAUGAAGCUUUGUUUUUCCUCCCUUUGGAGCGCUUUUGUUUAAUUGCUAUUUUUUGUAUUUGCAGUAUUAAGAAAGCGUUUUCCUCCUUUUUGGAGCGACUUUAUUUUUUGUACCAUAGUUUCCUCUGUGUGGAGGUGUGAAUAAAACAUUCUCCUAACACAUCCGCUCUGCGUCUGAGUCCUGCCUUUCGCCCGGCCUGACAGUUGGUUAGGUUUAUGCAAAACCUACUGAACAGAUUUCCACAGAAAUUCUCUUCAGCCGUUCUUGAGAUAUGGAACAUGUAAAGCAGUGCCAAGUGGGGGAAGUAUAAACUAGAUCUAUUUUUGUAUAUGUUGUGCUGUACAAGUGAAAAUAACCUGAAAAUAGUUGUACUUUAGUAAAGUAAAGAUACAUGAGAAAUAUACUAAAUUAUGGUAAUAAGGUAAGUGUACUGAGUUACAUCUCACCACAGCCUAAAAUCGAUCUUGCCUUUCUGGAGACCUGGCGAUGAAAGAUGUUAUUUUACUUUGGAUGUUCAGGUUUACAGAUCCUGGUACAGCGCAAGAGCCGAGUGGUCAAAGGUCAAACUGGUUUGAUAAAAGAUCUACAAAGCAGCACGAAUCUUUUCUUGAUCAACACUGAAAAAAUGUAGUCUUCAUAGAAAACACAAAGUUGAGCAGUUGAAUAACUGUGAUGGCUCCAUGAAUCACAGAAUCAGGAAGCAGUAGCUGAGAAAAAGUUACUGAUAUGACAUCUGAGCUACAGCCCCAAAAAACUGUGAAAUAAAUGUCAACAUCAGCAGAAACCCACAUUCGCCGUUAUGGAGCAGGGUUGCCAGGUUAAUGCAGCUCACUUACAAUAAAUACAGAAAUGUCUAAAUAAAUGUCUUCAAUAUAUUUCAACAUUUAUUUAGUUCCACAUUUAUUUAUUUAUGUAUUUCUGUGUCCGUAUGAUAAUGAGAAAGGCGGUCCUAACCUCAGUCUCAUGCAGGAUUGGUCGCAGGAGUGUAAUGAUCCAGUCCUACUACUUCCGCCUUUCAAUGCUGACUGUUGUCCAGUAGCUGUUUGCAGUGUUGAGCCAGUUCCCACUUAAAAUGAACUACUUCAAGUACAGAGGGUGUAACUCAUCAACAUGUUGACGAGUCAUUUUCAUGAUGUUUAAAUGCAGCCUCAUAAACUCUGGAGCGUAUCAAACAAACACUAAGUUACUUCAUGUACUGAUCAGUUCCUGAUAACCAGUGAUGAGUGUUUAUUAGUUACUGAACUGAAGAGUGAUGUGAAAAAAUAAUGGAAAGUGGAAAUAUUCUCAAUGUUCAUAUACUUUCAUUACAUAUUGUCAACUUAAGUUUAAGUAUCAGUACUUUUAGAGUUUAUGACCCUGCAUUGAAAUGAAUGUUGCAUUGUUGUCCAAUUUUAAGUCCAUAUAACACAAGUCAUAUGCCAGAAAUUAGCACUCAGGUUCAAAGCCACUGUACCACCCGUGGAUAUAAAAGCAGCAGUGAACGGAUAAACGGGCAGUUCCUGCAUCAGUGCAGUCAUGGAGAGUCCACAGAGAGGAACAAACAACCAUGCAGGCGAACUUCUCAAAGGAGACUAUUCGAAAUUUGCACCAGGGGGACCCACUUGGCUCAACACUCGGCUGGUGAUACUGUGUCUGGGACUGCUGAAUGCUGUUCUGCUGAUAGUUGCUGUUGUGAUUGGGAUCAACUGUGCCAAAGUUAAGGAGAGCUCCUAUCAGGUCUCCCACUCAGCUGCAACACAGCUCAUCAGCGAGCUGAGCGAUCUCAGGAGCAACCACAGCGACAUGCUGGAGGCCACAGAGGACGCCAAGGCGAAGUUAAGGAGUGCCUUCAAAAAUGAUGCACAACUACAGGUGACAACUCAGCAGCUGACGGCCGCCAAUAAGGAUUAUCGGAGACAGGUUGAGACCCUGCGAGUGGAGAAGACGAGUCUGCAGACUAAUGUGUCAGUAUUAGGGGGAACCUGUGGUAGAUGCCUCUCGAACUGGACUUUUCACAACUCCUCCUGCUACUAUUUUUCUUGCCUCAAAACCCCUACUGCUAAAAAGAACUGGCAUGAAAGCAGAGAGGACUGUAUUAGUCGGGGAGCCGACCUGGUUGUGAUUAACAACCAGAAGGAGCAGGAAUAUGUGACUAACGGCAUCAGAAGUUAUUUCGGCCACAGCGACUGGGUGAAGGGAUCGUGGAUCGGCCUCACUGACAUAGUGAAAGAGAGGACAUGGGUCUGGAUUAAUAAUGUGACUGAGGUGGAAAAACGGUACUGGAAGGCUGGAGAACCAAACAACCAUGGACCCGGGGGAGAGGAUUGUUUGUGUAUAAUUUACGCUUCCACGAAUCCCUGGGGAACCUGGGUUGAUGCAAAAUGCAAAGAACACAAGUUAAGCUGGAUUUGUGAAAGGCCAUCAGACUAGAUUAUGUACACACCCCUGAUGUUCUGCUCAGAUAUAAAACACAAGCAAAUGAUUGAAACCGUCCUGAAUUAAACCUUUAAGAUGUGUGCUAUGAUGACUCUGGGCAUUUUCUCUAUACUGUUAUACUGUUUAUACUUUAUAUUUUCCUUGCAUUUACAUUCCAUGUGUACUUAUAACUUAACUGAUGUCUGUUUCGUUUUAUUUUAUCUUGUUCUGCAAGAGAUUAUACUUAUUAUAUUAAUACUUUGACCAGGAUAAAACUAUGUCAGAAGAGCAAAAUAUUGGGAAACUAAAUACUAACAAUAGCAGGGUUACACAUAUUGACAACAUUAAAGAAGGUGUAAAAUGAUCAAUGAUUUAUUUGACAACAUAUAACAGUUUCUGUAAAUUCAAUGAAUAAAUUGUUUCCAUGCUG